AUGCUUACCGAAUAUUUGUAUACUCAAAUGCUAAGUAUCUAUAAGAUUAUUGGCGUUACGAAAAGGUUUGAUCCCAAAGAAGAUGUCGUGCUGAUCUUGGGCGGUUCAACUACUUCCUUUGGACAGAAACUUUGCCAAGUACUAGUACACAAAUAUAAGACUACGGUGGUGAAUUUCGACAGAUAUGACGAUCCAAAUUGUCAUUGUCCUGGAUUAUACCAUUUUAUUCGUUGUGAUUUCACGCAAAGGAAAUCAGUUAAUAAUGCCUUCUUUAGGGCUAAAUUGCUUGGAUUGUCAUUUACGGUAUUAAUAAAUAAUGUUAAUGAAUUAUUAGAUGGAAUUACUGAUGAAGACCCUCUGAAAAAUUGUCGAGACAUAAUUAAUGCCAAUUUAAUCAACGUGAUGAUUUCCACCAAACUUUUUAUUACCGAAUUAGUAGGGCAUGACAAAGAUGUUUACAUUAUAAACGUCACUGCAUUAUCGGAUUCUGAUCAUGGGAAAGAAGGUAGAUCAACAUAUUAUCAUUUAGCUCAAGCAGGUUUGGUCCAGUUUCAUGAUGGUAUGAGUAGUGAAUUAAAAUUAAAAGAAAUUAAUCACGGAAAUUACUAUAAACCGUUAUUAGCAUACUUACCUGUUAGCAAAGAAAAAAAGGCAGAAAAACUGGUUAAUGACUUCAUAAGAGUAUUAAUUGAAGGGCGUGAAGGUAUUGAAUAUUUAUAUGAGGGCAAGAUUCGAAAUUCUACUCUUGGUCAAAUGAUCCGAUAUUAUAAGAAAGUGUAUGCUCAUUGUGGUGAAUGGUAG